AAUGAUGGAUGAUAUUGAUAGUGAAUUUAAAGAAUUAUGGAAAGCAAAUAAAUUGAUAGGUGUUAUUGCUGAGGAGGAUAUUUGUGUUGGUUUUAUUUUGGCUGGUAUUGCUGAACAAAUGACCAAGCACUUUGUUAAUUUCUAUUGUGCAGAUAAAGACACUACAGCAGAACAGCUAGAAAAAGCGCUCAUGGAUAUGGAAAAUCAUACUCGGAUUGUGAUCAUUUUAGUAAAUAUGUCUACGCAUGAAAAAAUUAAGCACGCAAUAGAAGUGUGUACAACAUGCAUUGUCACAAUACCUGAUAAAGGCACAUUUUAUAAUCCUGAAGAUGAUGAAAUUAUAUAUCGAGCAAAAAUGGCCAUAGGCACUAAUUAAUUGGAUUGAAUUUAUCAAAUAUGUGUACAAAUAUACAAGAUGUC